CAAAAUGCAGAUGUAUGUCAGCUGAUUCUCGCUUCUUCCGUAUUUUUGUUGUCAUGUGUCACCCGAUAAUCUUCCGGGCAGAAACAUCGAUCAUUACAAGUCAGUUCCUCGCUGAAUAGCAUCAACGGCAGUGACACGGAAAACGAUUUGAUUCAAACCUUAAUUAAAUGUAAACUACUUGAUUGAAAAUAGCGUAUCAAAUAAGCGAAAAGUUAUAUACCUCAGUGCACUUCAAUGUUCAGCAAGAUCCAUCUUGCGGGACUCGGGAUUAUUCACUUUCAGUUUUCACAAAAGGAAGUUAGCGCGAAUUACACUGUGAGACCCAAUGUGGCGAGCGGUCGGUGAUUAUGGAGUGCAGUGGUGAUGAAGAAGUUGCAGAUGGCCAAAAUAUUCGGUCAUCCAACGCUGAUGUUUUUGCUCCCGAUUCAAUAGAUGAGGGGUCCAAUGUGUCUCCAGAAACAACGGAUGUGGAUGAAGAGGGUAUGUUCAUACAUCCCACCACUUUGACCAACAAGCAGCGUGGGAAUGAGGUUACAGUACGCCCGGCAACAUUGGACACUCUGUCUAUACACCAGUUGGCAGCUCAAGGCGAGGUUUCACAAGUGGCUGCACACCUGAGUAAAGACAAUUCACUGCUAAGUCAACAGGAUGACCGGGGCUUCACGCCUCUCAUGUGGGCAGCAGCAUUUGGAGAGAAAGCAGUGGUGGAUUUUCUAUUGGAAAAGGGCGCAGACCCCAAAACAAUUGCGACAGAGCGAGAGAGCGCCCUGACACUGGCCAGCUCUGGAGGUUACGUGGACAUUGUGGAGUCUCUUCUCAGACAUGGAGUAGACAUUAACACAUUUGACUGGAAUGGGGGAACUCCUCUUCUUUAUGCUGUGCGAGGGAACCACAUCAAAUGUGUAGAGUCACUCUUAGUCAAAGGGGCAGACAUGACCAUCGAGUCUGAUUCUGGGUACAGUCCAAUGGCCUUAGCUGUUGCCCUUGGACACAAAAAGAUUCAGAAAGUGUUGGAGGACCAUAUUCUGAACCUGUACAAGAGUUAAAAGAAAAACAACAGCGGUCAGCUCUUCAGUGGCGAGAAGACCAAGACCUCUGUCACAAUUACAUAGUAGCACAGACUAGUACAUAUGUGGAGACAUUAACAUCAUGUAAAUGACAUAUGCUAUUUUAUACAUAUUGUUUUUUCCACUUGUAUGCAUUACAUUGUUUGUCAACUUUGUACAAAAAGGAGUAAAAUGCUAUGUUUUGCAGCGGAUUUAUUUUUGUUUGGCUGAAGCACAGCAAUGAACAAGUUUUAAUAAAAACCUAUUUUUAUACUGUG